AUGGAUGACGAUGAUGAAUUAUUGUUGAACUUUGCUGCACCAGACACUUCAUCGGUUGCAGCUUCCAAAAAUCAAAACGUUAAAGUUCUGGGUGGUAGAUGGAAAGAUAGAAGAAAAUUGCAACUUGCAUUACAAGGUAGAACCAAAAAGAGACAACCAGAAACCGGCGUAAAUCUUAUUCCAGUCGAUGAAUCCAAACGUAAACGGGACUCUGAAGAUAAGGUACAACUCGACUCAAACAAAAGGUCAAAGUUCACUGAAAGCAAAGGUGAAAAUGGUGGGAAGGGUGAUUCAUAUGUAUCAUCUUUAUUUACUAACAAUCAACCAACAUCUCAUUUAGCGCCAACGUCGACUACCAAAGAACUUACUUAUUUGCCAUCCAAUGCACCUAUGAAAGAUGCAACUAAUUUUUCUGGUUUAGGGUUGAAUGAGAAAUUGUCAAUUCAUCUAACUGAUCAUUUACGAUUCAUGCAUCCAACGAAAAUUCAACAGUUGGUGAUACCGAGUUUAAUAUCAACAGAAAACGAUUUAUUUGUGAAAGCACAAACAGGGUCUGGUAAAACAUUGGCAUUUGUGUUGCCCAUAUUCCAUAAAUUAAUGAGAGAGAAUAAAUUCAAAAUUAAUCGGGAAUCAGGAUUAUUUGCUAUAAUUUUAACACCAACCCGUGAAUUGGCGACACAGAUUUAUGGAGUUUUAGAGACAUUGACAAGAUGCCAUCAUUGGAUAGUUCCAGGGAUAGUCAUUGGUGGUGAAAAGAAAAAAUCAGAAAAGGCAAGAUUAAGAAAAGGUUGUAAUAUAUUAGUUGCUACACCGGGGAGAUUGGCUGAUCAUUUGGAGAAUACAAAAACAUUGGAUAUAAGUCAGUUGAGAUGGCUUGUAUUAGAUGAAGGUGAUAAAUUGAUGGAGUUGGGAUUUGAGGAUACUAUUGCACAAAUUACUGCCAAAAUAGAUUCAAAUUCCAAAAUUGCUGAUACCGCCGAGAAAUGGCAAGGGUUACCAUCGAGAAGAAUAAAUAUGUUAUGUUCAGCUACAUUGCAUAGUAAUGUGAAAAAAUUGGGUAGUAUUGUGUUGAAAGAUCCUGAAAUGAUUUCAGUAGAAACAGCUUCUGUUGCUGGAACUGUAUCAUUUGAUGAAACUAUAGCAACUACUACAAGUACGGCACCAGAUCAGUUGAUUCAAAACGUUGUAGUUGUUCCACCCAAGUUGAGGUUGGUCACAUUAGAUGCAUUAUUAUUGAAAAUUAGUAAACACUCUGCUGAAAGAACAAUAGUGUUUUUCUCGUGUUCAGAUUCAGUUGAUUUCCAUUUUGAUGUAUUCACUCGAGACGGUAAAAAGUUUAAAAAAGUGACUGAUGAAGAAACAGGUGAAGUGAAAACUGUGCUAGUUCUGCCUGAAGAUGACGAAAAUGAUGGUUUGCUUACCGCGCCUCAAUUAAGCGACAACACAAUCAUAUAUAAGCUUCAUGGUUCACUUUCACAACAGACCCGUGCCAGUACAUUACAGUCGUUUGUUAAAGAUAACAAUUCAUAUAACAAAAUCUUGUUUUGUACUGAUGUUGCAUCUCGUGGGUUGGAUUUACCAAAUGUUGCUAAUGUCAUAGAGUAUGAUCCUCCUUUCACUAUUGAUGAUCAUUUGCACAGAAUUGGUAGAUCGGCAAGAUUGGGUAAUGAAGGUAAUGCAACUUUAUUUUUACUUCCAGGGAUUGAAGAAGGGUAUGUAGAUGGGAAAUUAAGAGUUGCUCAUCCAAGAGAAGGAAACUUGAGAGUUAAGAAUUAUGAAAAAAUAUUACAAGAAGGAUUUGCCCAAGGAAACAUCAAAUCAAAGGAUAAUAAGUUGGGAAAAUGGGAUAUUCAUGCCACUACUUGGCACCUUGAUGUUGAAAGAUGGUUAUUAGAGGAUCAAGCCAGUCAUGACGAAGCUGUCAGGGCUUUUACUUCUCAUAUACGUGCAUACGCAACUCAUUUAUCGUCGGAACGUGAGUUUUUCAAUGUGAAAUUAUUACAUUUAGGUCAUUUAGCGAAAAGUUUUGGAUUAAGAGAAACACCAAAGAAGUUAGGUAAAUCAGUUGGUAAUAAUAGCAAUUACUCAGAAUCCAAAAAGGGUAAAAAAGAGGACCCAAGAAAGAAAAUGUUGAGGAUGGCCAAGAUGGCUGUUAAAUCUGCAAGUAGCGAAUUUAAUUAUUAA